AUGGUCAUACAUGGUUACGAUAUUCUUCCUGUUGACUUCAAAGGGGUGCCAUUAGAUCUCGAAGAGGAGGAGGUUUUCUUACGAGCAUUGGCAUGGAAUAACCGAGACACGCCCGACAUACUGUCCGCGUCUUCAACUGAUGAGUAUGAGCCGGAAACCCUUAUUCUUUACUAUGAAUCUGGUAAUGUUUUCACAGCCGAGAAUUUGAGAACCAUCCAAGCCUUUGAAGACCAGCUGACCAAUGUUGUUGAUUACAAACGUUAUUGCUUGAAGGACAACGGGGUCGACUGCUCGCCACCUUUCUCUAUCCUCCGUCUAUUUGAUGGAACGUUCGGACAAGUAUUUAAUGACACUUCUUUCAGCGACAUCCCUCAAACACUACAAAACGCCAUGAGUAUUCCGGAGCUGUCACAAAAGUUGAAUUUUUUCCUUGGAAAAGACUACAGGGUGAGCGUAGCUGACGGUGUUGCCAAGUCCUCUAUUACUCGAACCGCUUUCUAUUUCGACUAUAAUGAAGAGCUUGAGAAGUUCUUGGUGGAUAGUUAUAGUCAAAGACUCAUUGAUCGGAACAAACAUGGACUUGGACCAAUGAACUUUCUGUACUCAUGCGAAACCCUGUUUACUCAUGACGUCCAACAGCAGGUCAUAUUAGAUAUGAUGCUUGCUGUAGGUAGUUUCUGCUUUAUAUUCCUCUUCAUGCUAUUCCAAACUAAAUCCUUGUUUAUUACGUGUUUUGCUAUUUUUAGCAUUCUUACCAGCUUUUUCGGUGCCAACAUGAUCUAUCGCAUUGCGUUUGAUUACAAAUAUUUUGGUGUUUUUCACGUGCUGUCGAUAUUUAUAAUUCUUGGUAUAGGGGCUGAUGACGUUUUUGUGUAUUUUGAUACCUGGCGAGUAACAUCCCAUGAACGCAUGGAAUCUCUCGAGCAGAGACUUUCUGAAUGUUACAGAAGAGCGUCCAUGUCCAUGUUGAUUACGUCUUUGACAACCAUGGCUGCAUUUAUUUCCAAUGCAUUUUCACCAGUGUUGGCAAUAUCCUCGUUCGGACUUUUUAGUGCCACUUUAGUUUUUAUCAAUUAUCUGACUGUGAUAACAUUUUUCCCUUCUGUGGUUUUAGUCUAUCAUCUGUACUUUGAGAAAUGGAUCUGGCCCUGUCAAAGGCCAUGCAAUCCACGCUCGCAUACUGCACCAUCCCCUGCAGCCAUCGUCACAGAAGUACCGGAAAAUCACACCCCAAGGAAAAACGUUGUUGUCAGGUUUUUCUAUGGAUAUUAUUUCAGAUUUAUAACGCACAAAAUCAUACGAUGGGUGAUUCUAGCUUUAUUCCUCGUCCUUAUUGUGGUUUUCAUCGUGUUUGUCAAAGAUCUGAAACCAGAUGAGGAGUCGACAAAAAUCUACAAACAAAAUCAUAACUACCAAAUGGCUAACGAUCGACAGAAAAAUGCGUUUACACCUAGUGGUGGUGAUAGGAUAAUUCGUGUGUACAUGGUGUGGGGUCUCCGUCUCCAAGACCGAAGUGGGUGCCACAAAACAGCAGGCUCCAAGUGUACUGGGAGAACUGUAUGGAAUGAGGCUUUCGAUCUCAACCCCAGCCCAGCCCAACUUCAGUUACAGAAAAUGUGCUCUGACAUGCAAAAUCUUCCCGACCAAAUCAACGCUGAUCUAUAUAUACGUAGAAACUCACUGACAGGAAAGCUGGAGGUGGACUGCUUCCUAGACAGUCUGGAAACGUUCCUAGUGAACGAAAGUACCAAAGUUGUAUACAGAGGGACAGGAGAUUUCAGCAUCCCAUUAACAGAGACCAAAGUAUCACACCUAAUGACAUCCCAUUCGGAGUUGUACAACAGUUCGGCAAUCUCAUCUAGUUUUUACCGAUACUUUGAGACGGCUGCUGACUUUUGGCUGCACGGUGGGUACACGUCCAAUGUAAGUUCUGAAUACAGUCACCUCGUUGGGUUUACCAAGGACAAUUAUGAUACCUUUCCACUACUGAACAACAAUGGGAACUUCUAUGGUACAAGAUUGCGGUAUAUCGCUUUCACUGUUAACACAUCUCUAAUCCACGGCAAACUUGGAUAUGAAGUAGGAAUUCCUAUUUAUAAUUCAUGGGAAAAGUUCUUCACGGAUAAGCUAUCUACUCUGCCUCCUUCCUUAUCAGGAGGUUUCCAGUGUACGCCGGAGGCGAAUAACCCGUGGCACUGGCUUAAAGUCCAAAAGGUGUUGGUAGACUCGGCGCUAAGGGGGAUCGCCAUUGGGAUAUGUCUGGCUUUCGUGGUACUUACUAUCGCUACAAAGAAUAUUAUUAUUGGGUUCCUGGCUACAGUCAGUAUAGCAUGUGUCACCGUUACCGUCGUCGCCAUCAUACCAAUGGUGGGCUGGAAACUUGGAGUUCUAGAGUCCUUGAAUCUAUCACUAGUAGUAGGACUGUCUGUCGACUAUGUCGCCCAUCUUGCUGAAGGAUAUCAUAGGUCCAUUCACACUGACCGAAAACACAAGGUCCGGGACAUGCUUGAAUCCGUGGCGGUGUCAAUAUCAUCAGGCGCCAUGUCAACACUUGGGGCAUCAAUAUUCAUGUUAUUUGCAGAAAUUUUAUUUUUCGUUCAAUUUGGUAUCUUCAUGUUUUGUACGAUUGGUUUCUCUCUGAUCUAUUCUCUUGGACUCUUCUCCACUUUUCUGGCUCUGGCGGGCCCCCAAGGUAACUUCGGAUCGCUCGUACCGUUGUGGACAGGGAUUGUUUAUUUUGUACAGGGACGUAAGUCUACUGACGAAAUUUGUGAUCAGUGUCAAGGUAAGGGAUUUAAGUCCAAUGAUAACAAACAGGCUCGAAAAAGCAGUACAAAUGAAGCUGGUACACAUACAAAUGGAGUGGUAAAUGACGCUUUCUCUAAGGAAUGA